AUGGCAUUUGCAGCACUGGCAAUCCUAGGCCAAAGAUCAGCACAUUCCUUUCCAAUUGGGCCAAACCUUAAAACAAAAGACAAAAACCCCGUCCUUUCGGCGCCAGGGCUUACGCUGGCGGACAAUGACGGCGGGCAUGACCUUCUUACGGAGAUCGGGCUUACCCUUCUUCACGGUGGCCAUCACCAUGUCACCAACGCAAGCGGAAGGAAGCCUGUUGAGGCGACCCUUGAUCCCCUUCACCGAAAUGAUGUAGAGGUUCUUCGCACCGGUGUUGUCGGCGCAGUUCACCGUCGCCGCCACCGGCAGACCCAGCGACAUCCUGAACUUGUUCCCCGCGGAACCUCCGCGUCCUGA